UGCAAAUAAUUUUUUAUGACUUAUAAAUUAAAUCUAUAACCGAUACGAUAUUAAAUCGAAAAUAUAAAAAUUGUUUUCUGUGCUGCAAAAUCAUGACAUUGCCACCUGUUAAAGCCCCAUAGAUAUUAUUGGUGUUGCGGCUGUUUGUGUUUUAGGCGCUUUACCUUGCUUUAUUUGGUUUUUCGUGGGGCAAGAACAACAUGGAAUUGUUGUCUUUGCGCAGUCGGCAUUGCCGAAGCUUUAACCUGCUCUUUCUCCCGAUAAAAUACAACCUCUCCCCUCUAAACACCCCUCUAUUAGCCACAUGUGUGGCUUGUUGUUGCCGGCUUUUGGCCAAAAAACAGCUGAGUUCAGCCAGCUGCUUUGUGUUUAUAUUUUUUUUCCACGAACAGCGUAGCGCCUGCGCAUAAGCUAUAGAUCUCCCCUGGCCAUCAAUUAAGACGACCAAAAAACCCGAAGCUAAAAGCCGAGCUUUUUGCGACUCGAGAACAGAGGUAUAAAAUUGCGAUGGCUCGCCAGCCAGCGAUUCAGUCGUCUAACGGAGUUCAAACCAAGCUGAGCUGGAAAAGUUCUGGUGCUAAGAUCGUGGAAAAUCUCUCGUAAAAAUAUUACAACAAAAGCAAAAAGCAGAAUAAGAAACAUAAGUCGUUCCAAAGUCAUAAACAAGUGCGUUCGAAAUACGAAAAGAAUAUCAUUAACGAGUGCUGUGCUGUGAGCGCAUAAUUUUGCCUGCAAGUGCAUAAAAAAUUACCCAACAGAAUCUAUAUAAAUCGUAUAUUGAAAUCAAUAAAAAGAAGAGCCAAAUUUUCGACCCAACAUCAAUAUUGUUUAACCGCUUUUGGGCAGUGUUCUUGAGACAUGCAAAAGUAGCCAGUGAAGUGUUAAAUACAAAAAGGAAAGAAAAAAUAUUAAAACAACAACAACUAAAGCGACAACUUGCGAAACGUAUUUUUUCGAGUGUUUUUUUGUUUGUUUGCCGCCGACAACGACAACAACAACAACAACGAAGCCGCCUCAACAAAAAGAACUUUGACUUGCCACGAUUGUAACGAAUGAUUUGUAUGAAUUUGAAGGCAACCUUGGAGCUGAAAGGAUUAAGCAGUCGCAUACUUUACGAGCCCAGUUAUCCUACAAGGAAUAAUGCUCAGACUUUUGCUGGUUCAUAUAAUAACGAUAUGUGUGCUAAUAACUAAUGUUAAGUCUGGUGUGCCAAUUGGAACCGGCGGACCUUCAAUUAUAUUGGAGAGCAAAGAUGCUUUAUUAACCUGCGUAGUCUCAGAUAAUUCCUCGAACAACACAGUAAUAUGGAAGAAGGGUGACGAGAUCCUGACCGCCGGCACAGUCCGGGUAACCAAGGAUCAUCGAGUGCGAAUCCUGCACGAUGAGAAUCCAAGGGGAAAGAACCUGGAGACGGGUGGCGAGGUGUGGGUGCUUUUGAUUAAGAGUCUUAAGCCCAGCGAUUCGGGCGCGUAUAUAUGUGAGCUUAACUCGGAUCCCGUACUACGCAGCAUCCAUAUACUGACGGUCAAGGAGCUGCAUUCGUCGACGGGUGGUCCGGGAAAUUCCACGGAUACAUCGACCGCGGAGUCGAGUGAUGUGUUUCUGUUGCCGCCACCGUUGGACGCGCAGGAUAAUCGCAGCUUUUGGAGGCCCAGUCAAGUGCCACCGCUGGUAACCCAUGAUUUUACCGAAUGCUGCGAACGGGCCAAUGUGUCCACGCAGUGCAUGGGCUUUUGCAAUGUUCAUAACAUUCUUGACGGCACCACUGGCAUCGAUCCGGAGGCCUGUGAACGCGACUUCCCAGGCAUUGUACGCUGCAUGGCCGAUGGCCGCAACCAUGUACCCUGCUGUGUGGACAAGCAGAUUCCGGACUUAUGCCAGGACAUGUGCCGCGGCGAAUACACACCCUUUACGGACAAGCUAAAGACUCGAGUUUCCUGCGUUCAGCAUACGCUCAGUGGGCUGCAAUGCAUCUUAAAGGGUGUACAGUUGAUACCAAGUUCCCCAACCUUCGUGACGAUCGAAAAUGUUAGCGAAACGAGCGUGACAGUCGGUUGGACGGCCCCGGAUAAAUUAGCUGACCGCGUUUCUGGUUAUACCAUAAACGUGACCACUUUGCACAGCUUCGAUGAGGAUGAGUUAAGCGGUGAGAUUGUACAUCAUACGGCUGCUGAUUCCCCGGAAUCGAUUAGCCUUUAUACGGUGCCCACGAAUCAGACUCAGUUGGUGCUGAAAAACCUUAGCCCAUUGACCAUGUACGCCGUUGUCGUUACGGCCACCAAUGAAUUUGGUUCAAGCUUACCCACAGAGCGUUUGAGAUUCUUUACCCAUACCAGUGCCUCGGCAGCGGAGUCGCAAGCUGGAACCACCGAUAAGCAAGCGAUGCCUCAACUACCCGAUACAAGACAAUGUUGUGAGGAUAAUGGGAUGACCCAUCGUAUGUGUCUGGAUAAGAUGUGUGAUCCACAGAAGACCGAUCAGGCUAAUUUGCCUGAUUUUAUGGUUUGCGCUCCAUGGUCGAAUAUUACCUUUAAUUGUCUGGCAAACAAUAUUGAUCAUACGCCCUGUUGUCGGGCUAGGGGAAUACCUCCGGCUUGCUUUCCCCUCUGUGCUGGCAAGUUGACUUCACUGGACUUUAGUUUGUUCAAAUGCCUGCGCUUCAUGUCCGACUACAACAGCUGUCUGUUCCAGGGCUAUGGGGUACUGGCCGAUCCGCCGUCAAAGCUACGGACAGUCGCCAAGACGGACAGCUUCGUGAUUCUGGACUGGAACAAGCCGAAGCGCCUGGCAGACACCGUCAGCACAUAUCACGUCAAGUUCCGACGGCUGGGAGUGGGUGAUGACUAUCUGACCGUGGAGAAGCGCCAGCCGCCAUUGAUUCUCGAGGGUCUGGAGUCGGACAAACACUAUGAGUUCUUUGUCGUCUCCAUAAAUGCGUACGGCAAGAGCGAGCCCUCCCCGCGUCUGAUCACCCGGACUUUGCCGGCAGAGCCAGUCCAGCAGACGACCGCCAAAUACAACAUGACGACCUGCUGCCUGGCUUCAGGACUAUUACCACAAUGUGCCCCCCUAUGCUCCUACAACAUUCGACUGUCCGAUAUCGAGCGACUGGGACCGGCUUGUCGUGCCCAAAUGCCAAUCCUGGCCCGUUGUGCUGCCGGAGGACGUGAUCAUAGUCCAUGCUGCAGUCGCCGUGGAGUCAUUAACGCCUGCAUGCCCCUCUGUCGCGGUGUUAUGCCGCUUGCAUUGACCACCAAAUCGGCAACAGCAUCGGCGGCUGCAUCGGCAACAUCAUCAUCAGCAGCAGCGGCAACAUCUGGUUCGGCCACCAGCAAUGGCGGCAAUGCGGCAACAGCAACAUCAUCAUCAUCAUCAUCAUCUUCAACGUCAAGCAAUGUGCCCGAUUGUUUAUCAUAUGCCGGCAACAUUCUGCAAUGCUUCGAGGAAGGCACACAGAAUAUCCCAGGACCGCCAGAAGAUGUGCAUUCAACGUUUGUGAAUCAGAGUAGUAUCAGUUUGGCCUGGACACAACCUGAUGUGGAAAGCAGCAAUGGUAGUAACAAUUCAGGUAACACAUCGCCAGGUGACAUGAUAACCGGCGAUGAACUGGCAGCUGGUGCCGUGGAUCCGGCUGCCUUGGAUAGUGCUGGUAAGGAUGGGCAGAAUGUUGGCGAUGCCACAAGUGGAACAACUGGAACGGAGGAUAUUGAAUUCAUCGUGCAAUAUGGCAAAGUCAAUAACAUGACCAUGUACGAGACAGUUGCCAAAUUGGAAAAUGAAUUGACCACCAAUGAGACGAGUAUCGAUUUGACCAAUUUGGAUUCGAAUGCCUUGUACCGCAUUACGGUUGUGACGCGCGGCAAAUUUGGCACAUCGCUGCCGGCAUCGAUGCUUUUGCUGAAUACAACGGACCAACAACGUACCAACGAAGAUGGUGUGGCCUGGGGUGCCCCCUCACCACCACAUUCGCUAACGGUGGUGGCACACAGCGCCACCUGGAUGCAGCUCACCUGGCAGCCACCAGAGUAUGCCCAUCCGCAUGAAAGGAUUACCUACAGAGUUUACCACAAGGCCAUGAGAGCCGAGCAAUUCAUAAAGAUUGAAACGAAGCUGGCCUGGCUGCGAAUGAACAACCUGAAGCCAAGCUCCCAGCAUGUUCUCUACGUGGAGGCUGUGGGAGAACGGGGUGAUUCGUUGCCCUCGGAGACGCUGGUUGCCUGGACGGAUCCCGCACUGCCCGCCUUUGUUGAUCCCCCCACUGUGCAUCCGGCUGACAACAUACCUGAGGGCGGUUCCAUGACCAUUCUCUGUCUGGCCUUGGGCAAUCCGGCACCUACCAUUUCGCUAUACGUUGGUGGACAUCUGGUCAGGCAGGACACCUCGCGGCACAUGGUCACGGUCAUUCACAAUGUGUCGGCCGACAUGGAGCAUGUCUCUUGCUAUGCGGACAACGGUUACGGAGUACCCAUGCAGGCCACCAGGAGGGUUAACAUAUGCUAUCCACCCAAAAUCCAGGCAGCUGGCAUUACGGUGGCUAAUAUUGGUGAUGAAAUCGAACUGCGGUGCACUGUGGACAGCAAACCGGCGCCAAAGACAAUUUUCUGGAGAGAAAAAGAUGGUAGAGUGCCUGUCAUAAAUGGCGGCAACUAUUUUAUUUCCGUUAAAGCCAAUGAAUCCCGGCCAUCGAUAUAUACGAUGUCGUUAAGGAUCAGCAAACUGCAGGCGAACGAUGUCGGUGAUUAUUUCUGUCAUGCGGAUAAUCCGUUUGGGGCCACCACUACGCCGGUAUCGGUGCGUAUACGCAAUACGCCGGCGCUUAAUCACAACGUUUCCGAAUGCUGUGCCGAGCAAAAUGUGACAAUGGGAUGUCGCAGUGCCUGCAGCUAUUAUGUGGACUUUGAUGCCAUUGCCGAUCGUCCUGAGUGCAUUGUGGACUUUGACAAGCUAAUGCGUUGUGCCGCCGAUGGAUCGGAUCAUAGAUCCUGUUGUGCCGAUGAGCAUGUUCCACGAAAGUGUCUGAAUUGGUGUCGCGGUGAAUCGGUGCGUUCCAAGGAAAUUUGCAGUUUGCAGUAUUCCCGAACCAUUGUCGGUUGCUUUGAGAAGAAUCGUGAUCGAUUGCCAGGACCGCCGGAGAAUAUUGUGGUUAGCGUUGUGUCGGAUAGUGAAGUCAAUAUAAGAUGGGAUGCGCCGACAAAGAAUCCAAAUGCCGUUGACGGCUAUAGAAUAUUUUACCACGAGGCCGCCGUUCUGCCGCCGACAUUGAGUUCGGGCACUGGUACCCCAUCCUCGGAACAAAGUUCCUCGAUGGAUAACCAUGGCAUGGAUAACCUGGCCGCCAUGAAUAAUGCAACAAGUAUGGGUGGCAGCGGCAGCAACAAUGCGAUGGCUGCUCUCGAGAUACGACGCAUCGACGUAAAGGACACAACAAUAAGCAUUAAUGGCCUCAAGAAGGAUGUGCUCUACGAGUUGGUGGUUAAGGCUGGCAAUAGCUACGGUGCCAGCGUGCUCACAGAUCCGAUUAGGUUCACUCUCGGCGAGCACCAUGUGACUUCGGCCACUAGCAGCUACUCCAGUGCCGUGGGUACCAUCAGCGGCAUUGUGGCCAGUAUUUUGGCCAUUCUCCUGGCGGCGGCGGCCAUUGUGUUCUAUCGCCGACAGCGUUCCAGCUAUGGAAAGUCCGCCAACGGCAAUGUGGCGUUCGAGAAUCCCACAUACACCCGGGGCCUCGAACAGGUGCAGCUACCCACUGUCACAUCGGCCAUCACAACGCAAAAUGGCAACCACCAUGGGAUGAACAGCAGCAGCGGCGGCAACAGCAACAGCAACAGCGGCAACAGUCACAGUCAUGGUCGUAAUGGCAUUGCCGCCACAAUGACGACAUCCACAACGACAACGGCGCCGACGGCAGCGGCAGCGGCAUCGGCCACCUCGGCAGGUGUCACAUUCACGGGGAACAAGCAACAUCAGCAACAGCAGCAACAGCAACAGCAACAGCAACACAAGAGUGCGGCAGAUGCGGCGCAUCACUUUCAUAACCCGCUCAGCAAUACGCAGUGCAAUGAAGUAAAUCCCACAAUUUAUGAAGAGCUCAAACUUGGCCAAGAAGGUGCUGGAUUUAAGAAACUUGUGCCAUAAACGUAGCACAAUAACAAUAACAACCACAGAGACAGACAAGAACAACAACAUGAACGAAAACAAACCAAGUAUAGCUAGCGAACUUAUAUAUAUAUAUAUAUAUAUAUAUAUAUAUACUAUAUAUAUAUAGAAAUAUAUACGCUAAAUGUAGACAUAGGCCGUGUAAACAGCGCGAAGCGCAACCUCAAACAACUACACUUACACAAACAAAAGCAAAAGCACAAACACAGACACAGACACAGACACUGACAAAAACAAGCACACAAACACAUAUACACACACACACUCACACACAUGUAGACAGUGUGUACUGUGACAUCUUUACAGAAUGCAUUGCGAGAAAAAAACGUUGGGUAACAUAAAUUUUUGCUUGCAAAAAUCUUUUGGGUAGCGUGUAAUAAGUAAUAAAUUUUUAGUAUGUAACUGUGAUUCAACCAGAUUAAAACAAAACAAAAAAAGACAAAAACAAAAACAAAAACAUAACAAAACAAAAACGAUGUAAAAUAAUUAACUAAUUGGUAAUGAAAGUAAGCAAAACUGAUUGAGAAAAAAAAAGAAUACCAAUGAUUAGUAAAAAUCUA